UGUACGUCAUCCUCAUGCCAACUGUUUCUGUGUGACAUGCACCUUGUAGCAUCACCUCUGGAGGUUGCUAGUCAUCGUGAUCUUGGUUAUUCUGAUUCGGAUUAGUUACAAAAUUAUUGAAAUUAUUUCCCUGUACGUGUAAAUAAACUGUCUAGGAUUCGCGAUGUUUCUCUGGGAUUGGUUCACUGGUGUUCUGGGAUAUUUAGGAUUAUGGAAAAAGUCUGGCAAGCUGCUCUUCUUAGGAUUGGACAAUGCUGGUAAAACCACUCUUCUUCACAUGCUGAAGGAUGAUCGUUUAGCUCAGCAUGUUCCCACAUUGCAUCCAACUUCAGAAGAACUUUCCAUAGGUAAUAUGAGAUUUACAACAUUUGAUCUUGGUGGACAUCAUCAAGCAAGAAGAGUUUGGAAAGAUUAUUUCCCUGCUGUAGAUGCUAUUGUUUUUCUCAUUGAUGCCUGUGACCGAGAUCGGUUCAAUGAAAGUAAAAGAGAACUAGAUUCACUACUGACUGAUGAGCAGUUAAGCAACUGCCCAGUUCUUAUUUUAGGGAAUAAAAUUGACCGACCUGGUGCUGCUUCGGAAGAUGAGUUAAGAAACGUGUUUGCUCUUUAUGGACAGACGACAGGAAAGGCUAAGAUUCCCAGAUCAGAACUUCCUGGGCGCCCUUUGGAGCUUUUCAUGUGCUCUGUAUUGAAAAGACAAGGCUAUGGAGAAGGCUUUAGAUGGCUAGCUCAGUACAUUGACUGAAAAAUCAGCAGUUGCAGAUAAGGAAUGUUCAUGCAAAUUUUGUGAUGGGGAAGUAUAGUGAUUUCAUUUCUAAGAUGAAACCGUGUGAAAUUUUGUAAUAUAUCAGUUGCAUUAAAGUGGACAGUCGCUUCAUUAAGGAAUCUGCUGCUCAAAAAAAAAAAAAUCCAUCUCAGUUAUCAUUUCUAAGCUGAUGCUGAUGUUUAUUUGUUGUGAAAUUGUUGAUCCAAACCAA